GCGACGUUACGAAAACAAACGCACACGCCUUGUUCACCCUGACAGCGGUUACCAAACACUCGAAUUUACUGUGGCUGGAAAGCUGCGCUUGGCUCUGUUUUGUCCUUGGGAGAGGAGAUUUGGAUCAUCAGUCAUGCUGAAAGCUAUGGGACAAGUUUUGUUCUCAUCUGGACUGCAGAAUCCAAAAUUCACAGCAGAGGAGACAAAGGGACAGGACUAUGAAAUCCGCACCUACCAUGCCACUAAGUGGGUGAGCACCUCUGUGAGCGGGAUGCAGCUGGAUGCAGCCAUGAGUACUGGCUUCCGCAGACUCUUCAACUACAUCCAAGGCAACAAUAAAAACAAGGCCAAAGUGGAGAUGACAGCCCCAGUGACAUGCCACGUGAACCCCGGAGCCGGCCCUGCGUGUGAAUCUCAGUUCACCGUAUCCUUCUACAUCCCAGAGGAGCAUCAAGCCAAUCCGCCGGAGCCGAACGAGGCUGAGGUGUUUAUAGAGGACAGGAAGGAGCUGACGGUGUAUGUCAGGACACAUGGUGGUUUUUCCAAUGAGAAUAUGAAGCGUGAAGAGCUCCUGAAACUUAUGGAAAGUCUGAAGCGGGAUGGCAUCCAAUAUAUGGAGAAGCCAUACUACGUAGCCGGCUAUGACAGCCCCUUCAAACUGACCAACCGCAGGAACGAGGUCUGGGUCCUCAAAAAGGAAGAGGAGCAGUAGGAAAUUCCUGGGCCAUGUCCUGUCCUAACAAAAUAAUAGUGAUCGGGAUUUAAACAUGAUAAUUUUUUACAUUUCAGUUUGACAAAAAAAAGUUAGCUGUACUACUUCCACUAACAGUUACUGAUUUAGACUCACUAGAAAACUUGAUAAGGAGACCAAAUAAAUGACUGCUAGAGUUCCAACAGGUUGUUGUUUAACAAGUAAGGGAUAAAAUGGCCACAGUGAAGAAAAAUAUCUCCAGCAGGUGGAGCCAAGUAGUCAGAAAAUGUUUCUUGUGGUAACACAAAACCCACAAGUGCCUCUUAAUUUUUUAUUUUUUUACAUGAAUGACACAUUGAAAAUAACAUUAAUUUUAGGCAUUUGUUUGCACACGUUCCUAACCACCUUUUUCACAGCAGAUGUUUUGGUUCGAUAGGGCAGGGCGGCACACAUGUAACUGAUAACAUUCACCAGUUGAGCCUGUUCCAAGGUGCCGGCGUAUGCUGGCUCACUGUAAUGACUUAGCCUGGGAGCACACUGCGUACCUUCCCUGUUUGCGAUGGUCACGAAGCUUUUUGCUUUCCAUAUAAACUCCUACAUUAACAGGUGGAGAGCAGCCACACGGUCAGUCAUGAGCUACGUGACUCAGGUGAGGCUGAUGAGAGGCGGGUGCGAUUUGGUGUGUCAUCGGAUUUUUCUGUAUGAUGCGUGCAGCUUUCAGCAAAUUGUACUGACACCAUAACAGUAUACCCUUCUACUUCGGUUUCAUUGGCUACGCUCUAAAUAGGUCACAGACAUGCAAAAAUGAACCAAAAGAUAUAUUUAUUUAAACAAUUCUUCAAUUGCAUGUAAAUAAGGGAGGAGUAACAGUCAUAUUUCUGUCCCUCUCUGGUCUGGCAGGAGCAGUAAGGUUCAGCCCUCACACACAGGUGGAGUCUGUAGUAGUCUGUGCCUCAGGCCUUACUGGGACACUUGAUGGAAAUGAAUAAUCACUCGUCAUGAAUCACAUUAGUUUCAGCUGCUUUUUCCUGCAACAUCAAGUCGAACAUUUUGCUGUGAAAAAGGUCCAAAUAACGUGUCAAAUAAGUUCUUGUUUACACCCACAUCUUCCUGUGACUGGACUGUCUGCGGGAAAUGAAGAAGAAAAAGGAAACGUUCAUAUUUGGUUUUCAAGUCAGUCUGAAAAUAAUACCAGUGCCUUUAUGUACAUUAAAAUACUGCAAUAGUUUGUUUGUCCAUACUGACUGCAUACGGGACAAACCCAGUCAUCCCUGUGUGUGAAAGAGUUACACAAUCCAUCAGUUAAACCAGCUAAUCUACACAAAAAUUAUCAGAGUGCAGAGGCCUCGUAUUGGUUUUUGAACUUUGGAGUAUAAUAUUUGCACUAACCAGGAUCUUAGUCUCCUGGCACUUAAUCAUGUUCGAUAGGAAUCUCAUCAAAUCCCUUAUGACCGGAGGGAUCAAGUGCAACAAUUUUAAUGUUUGCACACAUAAACUGGAGAAAUUUUUUUUUUUUUAAGUUUGUAGGUCAGCUGCACAAUUUAGCAGGUUUUUGUUGUCAGUCAGCUUUGGCACUGGAAGGUGACUCUGCCUGGCAGACGGCCAAGUGUCGGUAAAUCUCUGUUUAUCUGUUCUCAGGCCUCACUUACUGCCACUGCUAUCACAUCUGCAUCCAUUAUGAUGAAUGACUGGGCCUGUCACAUCACACGUUUCUCAUGUUGUCAUUUGUGUUGAUGAAUAUGAGUGUGUAUUUAACCAGCUGUGUGCACAAUUGCUCAGACUGACUAUUUUUUUUUAUCCUGGUGGGUUUAAGAUGGGCACAGGAACACAUAAGAGCUAAUAUAAAUGUGCCUUUUUAAGCUUUUUAUGUUCAUAUAAUCAUGGUGUAGUUCAACUUUCUUCAUAGUACUUGGAUAAAGGAUGAGGGCAUAAGCACUGCAAUAUGAAUAAUGGGAAAUUUUCUUGCCUCUGAAUGAGUUUAAAGAAUGUAAAAUGUUUUAUCUAACCAAUAACUCAGGAUUAAAUCAUUAUUCUGGUAACUUA